UUUCAAGUGCCUUAAAAUGUUUUGCAAGGAUAUAUUUAUCCUGAAAAGACAAAGAUGCAUUUCAAAGUAUUGUUUUAAUUCUAAAUAAAAUCUCAUCCUACAUACACAUGGACUAUUUUAUUACUGCAGAGAUCUGAAAAAGAAAAACAAACAAACAAAAAAAAAAACAAGAAAAAACAAACAACCAAAACAGACACGACAGCCAUUUUUUCCCAUCUGAGUAAGGAAGAAUAUUAUCAAAAAUAGUAAUAGCUUAAGAUUCCAACUCUUUAUUUGCCGAGAAUGCCAUUUUAUAAUAUCAACAUUCUGGGAAGAUAAAUAAGAAAGACUAUGGUAAAAGAAGGGAGAAAAUAAAUGAGAAAAUGCAGAAGACAGUAGGGGGAGAGAGUCUCUAUCACAUAGCCCCAAUUGAAGGAUUAAGCAUUUGGACUAUAAAUGAAGGGGAGCUUUGUUAGUUUAAUCACUGGAACAAUUAUAAAAGAACUCAACAACAACGAGGUUUAUUGAAAAUUUUGCCUAAUGCUAACUGACCCAUGCAGAUGCCUAAUUGUAUUUGCAUAUUAAAAGAAGGGUGUAUCUGUUUGUUUCCAGGCUUUGAUGGAAUAUCAGAUAUUGAAAAUGUCUCCCAGCCUGUUCAUCCUUCUGUUUCUCACACCUGGUAUUUUAUGCAUUUGCCCUCUCCAAUGUAUAUGCACCGAGAGGCACAGGCAUGUGGACUGUUCAGGCAGAAACCUGACUACAUUACCAUCUGGACUGCAAGAGAAUAUCAUCCAUUUAAAUCUGUCUUAUAACCACUUUACUGAUCUGCAUAACCAGUUAACCCAGUACACCAAUCUGAGGACCCUGGACAUUUCAAACAACAGGCUUGAAAGCUUGCCUGCUCAGUUACCUCGGUCCCUCUGGAACAUGUCUGCUGCUAACAACAACAUUAAACUGCUUGAAAAAUCUGAUACUGCUUAUCAGUGGAACCUUAAAUAUCUGGAUGUUUCUAAGAAUAUGCUGGAAAAGGUUGUCCUCAUUAAAAAUACACUAAGAAGUCUUGAGGUUCUCAACCUCAGCAGUAACAAACUCUGGACAGUUCCAACCAACAUGCCCUCCAAACUACAUAUUGUGGACCUGUCUAACAAUUCCUUGACACAAAUCCUUCCAGGAACAUUAAUAAACCUGACAAAUCUCACACAUCUUUACCUGCACAACAAUAAGUUCACAUUCAUUCCAGAUCAAGCUUUUGACCGACUCUUUCAGUUGCAAGAGAUAACCCUUUACAAUAACAGAUGGUCAUGUGACCAUAAACAAAACAUUACUUACUUACUGAAGUGGAUGAUGGAAACAAAAGCCCAUGUAAUAGGGACUCCCUGUUCUAGCCAAAUAUCACCUUUGAAGGAACAUAACAUAUACCCCACACCUUCUGGAUUUACCUCAAGCUUGUUCACUGUAAGUGGGAUGCAGACAGUGGACACCAUUAACUCUCUGAGUAUGGUAACUCAAUCCAAAGUGACCAAAAUACCCAAACAAUAUCGAACAAAGGAAGCAACGUUUGGUGCCACUCUAAGCAAAGACACCACCUUUACUAGCACUGACAAGGCUUUUGUACCCUAUCCAGAAGAUACAUCCACAGAAACGAUCAAUUCACAUGAAGCAGCAGCUGCAACUCUAACUAUUCACCUCCAAGAUGGAAUGGUUACAAACACAAGCCUCACUAGCUCAACAAAAUCAUCCCCAACACCCAUGACCCUAAGUAUUACUAGUGGCAUGCCAACUAAUUUCUCUGAAAUGCCUCAACAAAGCACAACCCUUAACUUACGGAGGGAAGAGACGACGACAAAUGUAAAGACUCGCUUACCUUCUUCUGUGGCAAGUGCUUGGGAAGUAAAUGCUUCGUUUCUCUUAAUGCUCAAUGCUGUGGUCAUGCUGGCUGGCUAA